CACACCAGCUCAUCUGCUGGUCCUCACUUUGUCCCAGCCCGGUUUACUGGACAUUAUUUUGCAGCGAAAUGCCCCCCAUAGGACAGCUAACUGGAUUACAAGCUCUGACUGCAGCUAAAUGAGAUUCUAGAAUGAAAAUGUUGCUAAGGGGAAACCUGAGGAGUGGAUUGGGGAUUUGCCUUCUGUUGUUGGCUCUCUCACACGAGGCCACAGGACAGAGAAGAAAGAAAGGACGCAGGAACAACAACAGACUGCAUGAAGAUGGAGGAAAUGGUCUGACGUGUUCACUGGAGGUGGCGUUCAUUCUGGACAGCUCGGAGAGUGCAAAGAUAUACCUGUUUGAGAAGCAGAAAGCUUUCGUGCUGAGCUUCAGCACUCGCCUCUCCAUGACUCAAAUAGACGGCUGGACGCUGAAGAUGAGAUUGGCAGCUCUUCAGUACAGCAGCUUUGUGUCCAUGGAGCACCGGUUCUCAGCCUGGAGAGACCUGGAUUCAUUUCACAAUCAAGUAAAUGCCAUGAACUACAUCGGCCACGGCACCUACACCACCUACGCCAUCACCAACGUCUCGCAGCUGCUGGUGGAGGAGACGCCGGCCGACAGCGUCAGAGUUGCAGUGCUGAUGACUGACGGUGUGGACCACCCCCGGAGCCCUGAUGUGAUCGCAGCUGCAGCAGAGGCCAAAGGUCACGGGAUAAAGUUCUUCGCUGUGGGUUUAUCAGACAUCGGCCAGCAGAGUAAGAAUAACGCCAAGCUCCGGGCCAUCGCCAGCACACCUGCUCAGCAGUUUGUCCAAAGUCUUCUCGAUCCUCAGCUGGAGGAGAAGCUGAUCAAGGAGAUGGGUGCACUUGCCUAUGAAUGGUGUCCAAAGGCUCAAGUGUGUAUGUGUGAAAGAGGAGAAAGGGGCCUUCAAGGAAGUCAAGGUAGAAAAGGGGACCCAGGCUACGCAGGGCCACCUGGUGUAAAAGGAGCGAGGGGGGAGUCUGGCUCCAACGGUCGACCUGGAGGUGAUGGUCCAGAGGGCCGUCCAGGUUAUAAGGGCAACAAGGGGGGGACAGGAGACUGUGGCACUCCUGGGGAGAAGGGUGACAUUGGACCUGAGGGACUUGCAGGCCAGCGAGGAACAAAAGGAGAACAGGGAGUACUAGGAUUUACAGGAGACGCAGGCCCUGAAGGACCAGCAGGACCCAAAGGCGACCGAGGGCCCAACGGUGCUGCAGGACCAACGGGUGACAUUGGUAUUGGAUUUCCUGGAGCCAAGGGUGAAAAAGGCCUUCAGGGAAGAUCAGGUCCUUCAGGUCCUGUUGGGAUAGGAGAACCAGGACUACCAGGUCCACCAGGACCAGCCGGAGUGCAAGGAAUCCCAGGACCAACGGGCGAGGGGCUUCCAGGGCCGAAGGGGGAUCGAGGAUAUGAGGGUCCCAGAGGAAAUCGCGGGCUUGCUGGCAUUGGGGUUAAAGGCGACAAGGGAGGUUACGGGCCGCCUGGGUUUCUAGGUCCAGUUGGUGCUCCUGGUUUAGGAAAUCAAGGAGAAAAGGGGGAUCAAGGCCCAGUUGGACCUGCAGGCCCCAGAGGAGCUCAAGGUAUCGGAAUAACAGGAACAAAGGGCAAUCAGGGACUCCCAGGUGAGCCUGGACUGACAGGUGAACGAGGUGUUGGACAACCAGGACCCAAAGGUGACCCGGGGUCCGAGGGGCCACCAGGUAUACCAGGUGAGCCAGCAGAGGAUGGAGCCCCAGGACAAAAGGGGGACGUUGGGUUACCGGGGCCCAGGGGACCUGACGGGGCUCCUGGUAAAGGCACUCCUGGAGGGAAGGGGGACAGAGGGGACAGAGGGAGCAGAGGACUGUCAGGUGCAGUCGGUCCUGUGGGGCCAAUCGGGUCAAAGGGGGAUCCCGGAAAGAUGGGGCCACCAGGGGCAACAGGACCACCAGGGAGGGGUGUAGCUGGAGAGAAGGGACAACCGGGACUACGUGGUCCAGUUGGAGCUGUGGGAGAGACGGGAAGGGGUUUCCCUGGACCCAAGGGGGACAAAGGGCCUGCAGGGCCUGCUGGGAUACCUGGACUUAAAGGUGACGGUUACCCCGGCCCUCCAGGACUUCUGGGGCCCCUUGGUCUGACAGGAGAGACCGGAUCAGAUGGCGUAGGUCUACCUGGACCAAAGGGAGAUAGAGGCUUGUCUGGACCUCCUGGACCCACUGGACCACCAGGAAUUACCCUAAUUGGUCCCAAGGGUUCAGUUGGCCAAAGGGGACCGCCUGGUGCACAGGGGUUACCUGGAGAGGGCAUCCAAGGAGAAAAGGGGGAGACAGGAUUUCAUGGAAUCGCUGGACCCAGGGGUCCUCCUGGACAAGGUCUGCAGGGGGACAAGGGGGAUCGAGGGUUCAGAGGUGAGAAAGGCAUCAGGGGAGACGGAGGAGGACCUGGAGAGCACGGAGUCAGUGGACCUAUGGGUAGAGCUGGACAAAAGGGAGAUCCUGGACUUACAAGGGAAGAUAUCAUCAAAAUCGUGAGAUCCAUAUGCAGUUGUGGAGUUACAUGCCGCAAAGCCCCCUUGGAGCUGAUUUUUGUGAUCGACAGCUCUGAGAGUGUGGGCCCUGACAACUUCAACCUGGUCAAAGACUUUGUAAACUCCCUAAUCGACCGAGCCUCUGUCAGCCGGGACACCACACGGGUGGGUGUUGUCGUCUACAGCCACAUCAACAUGGUGGUGGUCAACCUCAGACAGGAAGCCACUCGUGAUGAGAUCAAGUCUGCGGUGCGCUCCAUGACCUACCUGGGCGAGGGAACGUUCACAGGUAGUGCCAUUAAACAGGCCAACCAGUUAUUCAAGAGUGCGCGGGCAGGUGUGAGGAAGAUGGCCAUCAUCAUCACCGACGGGCAGGCCGAUAAAAGAGACAAAGUCAGUCUGAAGAGUGCGGUAUCAGAAGCUCAUGGGAGUGACAUCGAGAUGUUUGUGAUCGGCUUGGUGAAUGAGAGCGACCCUCUGUAUGAGGAGUUCAAAAAGGAGAUCAAUCUCAUGGCCUCUGACCCCGACAGCAACCACGUGUACCUGAUCAAUGAAUUCAAAACACUUCAUGCUCUGGAGAGAGAACUGCUGAGUCAGAUCUGUGAGGACGAUGGAGAAAGACAUUUGUUCAGCUCUGUCCCGAGUUCCAGACUGUCUCCAGGAAUUCCCGAUUUAUCCGAUAAUGUUCGUGAACCUCCAUACAGGACGGAUACUGACACGCCCACCUUCACAGGAGACUUCAGGAGGGUUCAGAUAGUGCCCGGCCUUCCAGUGCCACAACCCGACAGAGAACCCAUCACUCCACAGAGACCAAAGACAGACGACAGAAGCUCCUCAGAGAUUCAUAGAUGGCCAUUCUUUGACAUGGAUCCUUUCAGACCCGUCACAGAGUCCUUCCCACAGUUUGACAUGAAGGACCCCAAACGUGUGGUGAUGACGGGAGUUAUCGGGCCGGCAGGUCCAACUCUGAUGACACCGCCCCGGUUUACUAGUAUCCUUCCAACUACUCCACUGCUGCUGUCUGAAACCAACAUACCUGCUGAGGGCUGCAACCAGACGCUGGAUCCAGGGCCGUGCCGGGACUACGUGGUGAAGUGGUACUACGACCCCAUAGCUAAUUCCUGCGCUCAAUUCUGGUUCGGAGGCUGUUCAGGAAACAAAAACCAGUUUGAGUCUGAGAAGAGCUGCAGAGAAACCUGCGCCAAAGUCUAACAUCCCCAUGUAUCACCAGUCACAAAUAAAACCUUCUGUUGUUCCUCCACAGUUGCCUUCGCCAUGAGGGUCACUUCAAAGUCAGCGCCUUAGUAUUCUUCUUGUAGCUACUUCGACCUUGAUCGAGAAGAUAAACACCAUUCUUUAUAAAAGAUGCAUCAUUAAACCUAAUUAGCCCAAAAUGUUGAUUGAAGUUCAACAUUUUUCAGUACGAUUAGUACUCUUAAAUGUUUGUUUUCCUUUUGGCCUGAGAGAUGUGUGUAUUGGUUUUGUAAACUAAGCUAAUACAGAGAAAAGAAUGCCUGUGGUGUUACUUACAUACUGUGGAACAGUUCUGCUGAAAUUAAACUUUGUAACUACUAACCUUUCUAUUUAGAAAAAGUAACCAUUUUGUAUGUUGCAAUGAUGUAUUUGUUACUUAAUGUUGUGAGUUUAUUGUAUUUGUUUAUGUUUAAAGUAAUACUUUGGGGAAAAAAUGUAUUUAAUCCUCACAAAAUGUAUUUCUCUAUAUAUUUCCACAUUCACUAUAUUUUUUAAUAGAUAACUCAACUUAAACUGUGAGCUACUAACAAAUAAAUUACAUUUUAAAAGAUCUCCGAUUCAGUCUUUCAAUGCAAAUGAUCAAAUUAAACAACACCAAUUCAAAUGUGAUUCUCAUUCAUUUUCUUCCGAUAUAAACCUGCUUUUUAAACAUUACAUAUCUGCAGUUGGCCCACCCUCGCUACACAAAUCGGUUCAGAACCGUAAAAUAAAAGAACAAAACGGCAGGAAGAUGACUGAGAAACACUUGAAUCACCUCAAACUUUCAAGUUGGACAUGAUUACAUGUAAUUAGUGAGGAGAGGCGGCUGCUCUCAGAACAAUGCAUCUUCAGCUUAAAGCAUAACAAGCACAUGGAGGGCCUACUCAGCUGCAAGGCUUCUUGGUGGUGACGUAGGGUUACAUCUUGAGAUAAAAUGCAAAUGGAAUGACCGGGCUGGGCGAGAGCUUGGUAUGUGAUAUUUUCCAUGAGCGCUGUUUU